AUGUUUAGGAAUCAGUAUGAUCACGACGUUUCAAUAUGGAGUCCACAAGGACGAAUUCAUCAAAUCGAAUAUGCUAUGGAAGCUGUAAAGCAGGGUUCAGCAGCAGUCGCCCUGAAGAAUCAUGACUACGCCAUAAUUGUUGCCCUUAAGAGAGCACCAUCUGAGCUCUCUUCCUACCAAGAAAAAAUCAUUCAAAUAGAUGAUCAUGUUGGGGUAGCGAUCUCGGGUUUAACUGCUGAUGGCCGACUUCUUAGUCGUUCAAUGCGUCGUGAGUGUGCAGAUAGCAGAUGGGCCUACGAUGAGCCAUUACCAAUUUCACGUCUGCUAUUUAAGACAGCUCUCAAGAUGCAAGUUCCUACUCAGAGAUAUGGUCGACGACCUUUCGGAGUUGGUAUGCUAGUCACUGGUUGUGAUGCCUUGGGACCACAUGUUUACUACCUGUGUCCAUCCUCAAACGCAUACGAUUGCAAAUGCAUAGCCAUUGGUUCUCGCUCUCAAUCAGCUCGUACUUACUUGGAACGACAUUUAGAUGAAUUUAAAGGUUCAUCUUUGGAUGAUUUAAUUUGUCAUGGAUUAAAGGCUUUAAACAGCACGUUGCCAAAUGAAGUUAGUUUGAAUAUGAAGAAUUGUUCACUUGCUAUAGUUGGAAAAGACAUGAAAUUCACAAUAUUUGAAGAUGACGAUAUUGAUCCAUAUUUGAAGUUAUUCGAAGCUACUCAAGCGGAUGCACCAACUAUCUCCGAUUCCGGUCCUACUCCAAUGGAACAGGAUCAGUCUGCGUUGUAA